AUGUUGCGCAAGCUAUAUGAUGAAGAAGAUAUAGAGGAAGAGAAAAUUGAAAAAGAUGAGGAAGAAGAUUCUGGUCCCAUCUACGACACCGAUGGAGAAGGGGAAUUUUGUGAAAGAAUAAAUUUCUUGGUUGAAGAGGAAUUUAUUGAAGAAAUUGAAGAAGGAACUAAUUUUGUGAUCGGAGAUGAAAUUGUUGAGGCAAUUGUGGAAGAAAUCAAUUUUGUUGAUAUGCACAAAAUUGUUGAAGAAAUGAUUUUUACACUUUGGAUGCCAUCGAAUGCUUAUAUUUUGCAUUUUGAAGGCCUUAGUGACAAGAAGAAGUAUGGUGAGAGGUUGGAUUUUACUAAUUAUGAUCUUGAUAGUGAUGUUUUUGUUUUGUCUUCGUUAAUUGAUCAAAAGGAGAAAAAAGACAUGCAUAUUACUUUUGAUAAAAAGUUUUAUGCAAUUAGAGAUGUAGACUUUUCACUUAAGACUCAAAAACAGCAAGACCAAUUAUUUUUAGAUGAUGGUAGAAUUUUGUAUGCUCCAAAAGGCGAUAUGAUGAUUUCCAAAACAAGAUGUGUUCAUAGUGGUAGCAAUCAGUCACGAAAAAAGACAUUGUGUGACAAUUCGUAUGCCAAUUUUUUGUGUUGUCCACAAACAAAAGAUAUCUUAAUUAAUUCUUCAUUCGUUGUUCAAAAACACCAAGAGCGAAGGCUUGAAGUUUGUGGUGAAAGAAAGACGAACGAUGGGCCGAGUUCAUGGGAAUGUAUGGAAGUGGUUUUUCAUCCACAAAUGGAAGAUACGGUUAGGAUUGAAUUUGGUGAGUUAUUUGAAGAAGAACAUGUGUAUGUGGAGAAAACACCAAGUUGGAAUAAAGAAAAGGUCACAUUAUGCAAUAAAAAUUUGGUUUCAAGACAUGCUGUCAGGGAAGGUUCGUAUGGGGGAACAACACAAUUUGGUUCUUACUGA